AUGGAACCACAAUCCCAGAAACUAAUGGAACUACAAACCCAGCAACCAACCGAGGAUGGAGGAAGCAACCAAGCAGCCGGAAGUAGUGCCAACAUGCCUUUCAGGCAGAGUAGUAUCCGGUGGACUCCCACUCCAGAUCAGAUAAGAAUCCUCAAGGAGCUUUACUAUGACAAGGGGGCUCGAGAGAAGCAGAAGAAGAGGUUAAAUCAGGGUGUUCAGGUGCCCAAGGUAACUAGUUCUUCUGGUGUUGGUGGAUCCAUCGAUCUCAAUUUUGGGUCCACUAGUUCUACUAAUGCUGGUGGAUCCAUUGAUCUAAAUUUUGGGUCCGCUAGUUCUACUGGUGCUGGUGGAUCCAUUGAUCUAAAUUUUGGGUCAUGGGUCGACUGCAGUGUUGACCCAUAUUCCUCCUCACCCUUCAACACUAAUACUACUACUACUUCAUUUGGCACAAAAGAAGAACAAACUUUCAUGGAACAACGAGGAGAAGACCACCAGGAGAUUGAAACUCUUCCUCUGUUCCCCAUGCACGGUGAGGACAUCCUUGGUAACCUGAAGACUACUUCCGAGGGAGGUAGCGGCUAUGGCUACUAUUCCUGUGGCUCAGGCGGCUACAACGGUGGCUCUCACAUUUCCCUUGAGCUCAGCCUCAACCCCUCCGGAGCUGCUGACUUGGCUUAG